UUUGUCUCCAUCCAAGUGGAGGGCUUGUCCCAACCUAGAAUGUUCGGCGGAAGUCGGGUAACAGUCAACAUUUGUAUUUCGAGUUAUGAUAUUUUCGUGUCCACUUUAAAUUCCUCACGGAAUCCGCCCACCCAACUCCCAGUUACACAGGAUAUAAAUAUAGACGAACCGCCGCUUUUCUCAAUCAGCCAAAGGUGAUUCAAGAACUUCAACAGGCGAAAGUCAAAACAGAAAUUGGAAGCCAUGGAAGUUCACCCGCGUCUCAUAGUGAUGUUAUGUUUGAUUGCAUCUUGUUAUGGAGGUAUUAUUCAGUCGGAACAUCCCCAACUAGCUUUUUGUAAAGCGGAUUUCGUGAUACGUGCCCACAUCGAUUCGGGACCUGAAACAGAGGGUAACUAUUUUGUUUUCAAGAUAACCAUUAAAGAAAUUUUCAAAGGGUUGUCGCUCGGACGUCAAGGUAAGGCCUUCGGUUUGCUGGAAACAGAAUUCAAGACGAAACUUUACAGCCCCGACGGCAGCACGUCUGAUAAAGUAACCGGACCAUUUGGGAUCAGAACGGGAGUCGAGUACCUCUUGUUUGGGGAUAUUCUGCACGGCGGGAGGCUGUUUACGAAAUUCUCCUUUCUGCGAGAGGACUGGGACACAGUGACUCCACGAAAAAAAGCAAACCUUCGGGGGUACUAUGAGGCCGGAUGCCGUCAAUGUCAGAUCAGGCCAUGUGGUGAAUCUGACUUGGAAUGUCGCAAAAAGUUACCUGGCUGUGAGAAGAGAGCGACCCAGACUCCGUACUUGUAUCAAUGGACGCUUCUAUCGAGGUGUUGGAAGCAAUUUGAGCACUGCGAGGUUGAUGCAACUGGUCUGCAAUGUUACUGGAACGAAACAAGGGAAUCGAAACGAUGCAAGGAAAGAAACUCAUUGCCCCUUCCUUCUAGAGGCAAUUCAUAUGAUGCAUAAACAGCUGAACUUGACCUAACUAUUAUCUUCAAAUGAAACUAAUUAAUUUGUAGUUUUGCUCUGGUAUUUUUUGAAGUUAUUAUUCACUGAGUUGCUGCUUUUAAACAUUUUAUUGUAAAACGUGUUAGAGUUCUAAAAUAGAAAUGUUUGUAUUAUUAUUAUUACUAUUAUUAUUAUUAUUAUUAACUAAACAAGCACUUUUUGCAAUGACUUUGUCAGUCAAACUAAUGGUUUGAUUCUUUAAAUAACAAAAAAAUGUUACCCAAAGGAACAAACUCGUCCAUAGUGACGGUAUAAAGAUAUAAGUAAACAGUGGCUAUCUCCUUUGUUGAUUAAAGCUUAAAAUU